AGCUCGACUCGACUCUAUUCAAUCCUUCGGCAACAGUCGAUCGAGUUGGACGUGAAGUUUCUUCGCUUUGGCUAACGGUACUUUUGUUCGGUGACUUUUUUAGGUCUCUUCCGCUCGCUCUCUCUCACAGUUUUUUGGGGUGUGUGUUGUUUUGUUCAGCGGCUGAACGGCUGAAAAAGUAAAGUGAGUGCUGCCUGCAGUGGUGGAGCAGCAGAGUAGAGAAGAACUAGUACGGUAGAGAGUGCGAAUGGUAUUACGCAGUAAUAUUCUUUGCUGUUGAGUAUUGCAUAAAAAAGUGAACUUUAUUUUUCUCGUAUUCCAUUGGUGAAAACAAGUGAAUUUGGACGAUUUAGAAGACGGACUUUGUUAGUUGGAAGACAAGUGAAGUGGGGUGUACUCUGUUUGCAGAACGAUAGAAGUUGCUGGAACAUUCUGCCCCAGCCGGCUUCUGUGUUUCAAGGCCGGAGGACAUUUUGUUUUCGACGGAAAGUGAGAUUUUGUUCGGAACAAAAAGACUGCAUAAUUUAAGCUGAAUAAAUACACGUUAGGCAGAUUUUCAUCAGGGUGAACAUUGCGUAAAAAUCUGGGUGAAGGCAGGAAAAAAACCGUGCGGCGGUGAAGAAAAUCUGAAAAUAGCCCUAGUUGUCUGUAGCCUUGUGUGGGUGCGUCAGUGUGCGUGAUUUGCGUGCCCAGUGGACGGAAAAAACAAAGGAAUCGCUGAAGUAUUCCCCCGGGGGCAACUGCAAUGAUGGAGGUCGAGAAGCAGUUCAACGGGGAUCAUGCUGCCCAAAAUGGAACGAAUGGGCACCACGAGGGUUCCUCCAGUCCGGUGGGCAGUCCAAAAGCUACCACUAUUAACGGAUUAUCUCUUGGUCUGAUGAAAAAACCCACUGCCAUACUGGAUGACAAGCAUAAGAAACGAGCCCGUAAGUUGUCCCGAUCGAACAGCAAGGACGGAGUGCUCGGAGUCGCUGGAACCCCGAACUUUGUUGCUCCACACCGAAAGUGGAAAAACAGUCGACGGUCGCGCAACGGCUACGGCCGUGGACUGCCCAAGAAGGGCGGUGCCGGGGGCAAAGGGGUUUGGGGUAAGCCCGGUUCGGAAAUAUUCGAAGAGCUGGAUGAGGAGGAUCAGAACGAUCCGAACUUCGAUCUGGAUGCGUUCAACAGCUCGCACAAUAUCGAACUGAAGGAGGUCAUCCCGGAGAUGACGGACGAGGAGUUCACCAAGAAGGUGGAACCGAUUAUACUGGAGUAUUACGAGCACGGGGACACCAACGAGGUGGCGGAAGGGUUGAGUGAUGUGAUGGGGGCGGAGCGGCGAUCGCUGGUGACCAAGAUUGCCGUCGAGAUGGCCUUCGAGCACAAGCAGUCCCAGCGGGAGAUGACGUCGGUGCUGAUCUCGGAUCUGUAUGGCAGGACCAUCAGCAGCCGGGAUAUUUGCAAGGGCUUCGACAUACUACUGGCGAACAUGCCGGACCUGAUUCUGGACACGCCCGAGGCACCGCACAUCCUCGGCAACUUCAUUGCCCGUGCCGUCGCGGAUGACUGCAUACCGCCAAAGUACGCGUACGAUGUCGAGAGGGACAGCGGUACGCUCAGUGCCCCAGCUCGGGAAGCCUUGGCCCGGGCCAACGGGUUGCUCUCGAUGCACCAGGGCUGGGGCCAUCUGGACGAUGUGUGGGGUGUUGGCGGUGCACUGCGACCAGUGCAGACCAUCACUCGCCAGAUGGCGAUGUUGCUGCAGGAAUACCUGCUGUCGCGUGAUCUCGAGGAAGCGCAGCGCUCGAUCCGGGAGCUUGAGGUGCCGCACUUCCACCAUGAACUGAUUUAUGAGGCCAUCGUAAUUGCGCUUGAAGCGCUGAACGAGUCCACAGAGGAAGCAUUUUGUACGCUGUUCAAAACACUGGACGAAGCUUGCAUGGUCACACCGGAACAGAUGGAGCAGGGAUUCCGUCGCGUUUACGACGACAUGACCGACAUCGUGCUGGACAUUCCACUGGCCUACUCCAUCCUGGAUAGGUUCGUACAACGUUGCCAGCGCGCCGGUUUUCUCAACGAUGCCGUCAUCAAGGAUUUACCGUCGAGAGGCCGCAAACGCUUCGUCUCCGAAGGUGACGGCGGUCGCAUCAAGCCGGUCAAUUUGUGUGCCCGCGACUUUUAAGAACCCCCGAGACAUGCGCGAGCGCACCGAUUGCAGUGCCAGCAGUAGCAGCAGCAGCUAAAGUAACAAUUCGACACCUCAGAUUUUUUUUUGCUUAUAAAGAUUGAAAUGGAAAACGCAACGCCGUCGUCAGCGUCUUCGCUGUGCCUAUACGUCUCUACAUCCACACACACACACGGCUCUAUAUUUGAUUCACACAUACAGACCUGCAUUGAAUUAUAUUGAUGGAACUGCAAAACCCCCGCCCCGGGGGCUGACAUCCAAAGACGACGUGUCACUUACUCGGUGGAAGUAAAAAGUGAGAUUUGAAGGAAGUGUUUCAACCAGCAACUAGAAUUACUAUACAUAUUUACUCAAUCUACCUGUGUCGAGAAGAAAAAAGAACGAGAAGUAGUUUGUUGUGUCAGGUGCAAAAAUUUUCCAACCUACCCCACGCGGUUAAAAGUCCCCCUCAGAGCAGGAUUAGCAGCCGGGAGGACAAGGGCACUCGUUUUUUUUUUUAGUAUCAGUAAGGCAAACGUAGACAAAAUAACAUCUCUUUUAUUCGAUUUACAUCAUUUGCUACUAGAAAAGUAUUCGGUGGAAGUUGAGCAAGCAAGCAGCAUCAGCAGAAGGCAGGCGAACGUUCUAUUCGAUUUAUUCAGAAACUGAAAGGAAGGUAUUGAAACCAUUUUGCGCAUAUAUUUAUCUAAAAUUGAAGUGAUAUCGCGUCGCCCCCAGCACGCGCGAACACUGGAAGGAGGAGAUCCAAUCUGAGAAUAAAUUUACUCCCGUCAGUUUGAACUUUGACAGCACACAGACAGUAGGCGUUAAUUUUUAUUUGCUUGUUUUGGCACUCCGCCAACAAUCGGUGGAUCCCCUUCAUCCGUCGGAAUUAGAGGUUUGUUUCUUUCAAAUCUUUUUUGAGGUAGGUCAGUUCUAUGAAAUUUACGUUUUUGUUCGAGAGAAGGGACGGCACUGUUACGUCAGCAUUUUUUCAUCGAUUAGUUUGUGAAUUUGUGUCGGAUCGGGUUCUGCGCGGAAAGUUCUACUAAUUUGUUUUAAAUUUGAUUUUUUUUUGUGUACGAUUCAAAGAAGGCAGACACCACCCAAUCAUCAUCAUUACAACUAUGAUAAGAAAAAAUAUGCUACCUGACUACUUACAUAUUCGCUAUAUUGUCUGUUUUGAUUCUUAUAUUUGCUUUAACGAUUCUAUUUGCGGGAUAAAAAAAACUAAUCGUAACAUGAAGUAUAAUAAGCGUUGUGAGGAAGGUAUAUUGUAAAAAUAAUGUUUUUUCUUCGUUCUUUAUUUUCGUUUUUUAAUUUUUGCCUUGAAUUUCGCUUUAGUUGUGGAUAGCUGCCUGUCCUUACUCUUCCCCCCUCUUCCUUAAUGGAUAAUGAUAACCUUUGACACAUCUGAGGUCGUAGUUUUCGAUUUCCAGUGAAUUAUAUAAAGAAAAACCGAAAUCGUUCAUGUUAAUAUUCCUAAUUCAUAGACUAUAUCGUACUGAAGUAAACUUGCAAACUGAAAAUGCAAAGAAAUCAUGGAAAUAAAAGUAUGCAAUUAUUAAGCAUAGUAAAAAAUAUAAA